GUGCAUUUCUCAAUAUGUUUAUCUGAAUAUCUCUGCGAGUUUACCUAAACAUCUCAAUGUUUACCUGAACAUCCCAAUGUUUUUGCCUAUACAUUUCAAUGUGUUUACAUACACAUCACAUUACAUCUGUAUAUCCCGUAUGUUUCAAGGAUUUUCCAGUUUUCUUGCCCGCGCAUUACAGUUUGCUAACCUUCAAACCACAGUGUGCUUACCUUCACAUCAUAUUGUGAUUAACUGCAACAAUGGUGUGCAUAUCUACACAUCAAGAUGUGCUUACCUACACAUCACUGUGUACUUACCUGCACAUCACGAUGUGCUUACCUGCACAUCACAGGGUGCUUACCUACACAUAACAGUGUGCUUUAACCUACACAUUACAAUGUGCUUGCCUACACAUUACAGUGUGCUUACCUACACACCACUAUUUACUUACCUGCACAUCACGAUGUGCUUACCUGUACAUCACAGGGUGCUUACCUACAUAUUACAGUGUGCUUACCUACACAUUACAAUGUGCUUACCUACACAUUACAGUGUGCUUACCUACACAUUACAGUGUGCUUACCUGCACAUCACGAUAUGCUUACCUGUACAUCACAGGGUGCUUACCUACACAUUACAAUGUGCUUACCUACACAUU